CUAUAUCUUGUCGAUAUUGUCCUCUUCAAGAUUUGCCUCGAGAGAUUUGCGUGAUUACGAGUUUUUCAGAAAUCCUGUAGUGCUUAAUAUAAUAUAGAGUUGUUGGAAACCGAAGCUCGAAUACGAACUUAUAAUGAGUCAUAAAUGAGCUCAUCAAACUUUUCAUUGUUUAUAUUAUGUACAUAUACUUUGUAUAAAUAACUUGGUUCUAUUGUCUCAAGUUUUGGCUUUAGAGAUCCAGUUACCUUAUUAGAGAAUCAAUUAUUUGUAGAUACCUUGAUCUGAAUAUUUUAGCAGUGAGAAUGAUAAGUAAUAAGAAUAGCCAUGACACACUUGAAAUUUUGUGUUAUCGUGAUGUGAGACCAUUUUGAACAGCAGGAGUACAAAUUUCAAGAUGUAUGGAGAUGGAGAAAUGGAGGUUUCCGAAGGAUGGAGACAGAUUCGAGACUUGAGUACAACGACAGAUCCUAAUAUAAGUUCCAUUGUUCAUGAAGAGGAUCACUUUUGUAAAUUGAUACUGUACAAGGAAAUAAGAGAUUCCAGAGUAAGAAUAUGGGAUGUGAUAAUUUUAAUACCAAAUGUCCUAUUUCUUCUAUUCAUUGGUGUAAGAUUCAAUCGAGCCAGACUCAAGCUUCGAGCCACAAGCAGUCCUAUAUACAUGGCUUUCUAUGGUCUCGUAGUUUGCAGUGUUGUGAUAUCAGUUGUUCGCUGUAUAGUAUCAAUGACAGUUGAUGCCACUGAAAAUGUUGGUGGUAUAGUAGACAAAGUGUUGUGGGUUACAGUCAGAUUUUUUCUGUUAUCAACAGAAAUGAGCGUCGUCAUCUUUGGCCUUGCGUUUGGUCAUCUAGACAGUCGCUCAAGCAUACGGCGAGUUCUACUAGCAACGUCUUUUAUAGCAUUGCUUUUUACAAUAACUCAAGGAACUCUAGAAUUAGUUUUGCCUGAUGACACUUUCCAUAUACCAAGCAGAGACUUCUACGUCUUUGGUCAUGGUGGAAUGAUGUUUUGGUUUUGUAGCAGCAUUGUUUUUACAAUGAUAUAUCUGUUUAUACUGGUCGUACCUUACACAAGAUUACGAGAGAGACUUACUCUUCCUAAUCGUAAAGGAUUUUACGUAUACGCCAGCCUUCUCGCAACUCUAGAUUUAGUUCAGUCAAUAGGAGCUGGUUUACUGAACUACAUCCAAAAUCAAGCUGGCUUGUGUGUCGUCGACUUGACAGCCGCUAUGUAUUUGACAUUGUUCACGCCAGUGGUCUACCAUACGUUCCUUUCAGAUUUCUUAGGGGUUUCGCAGCCAUCGAUAAUGUUCUCCUACAAGGCACAGGUGGACGACGCUAUGGACGAGGACACAGUUUCUUUGCCACAUCAGCAAAGUUUCUCCUCCCUCAAGACGGACAGCGACUACAUAUACCAGGUCCAUACCCCUUGCUUUCAUGCGCCGCUCUUUCACAAUCCGUUCUUUAAUUCCGGAUACCUAGCAACUACCUCGACCUCCACCACCGCGACAAGCAAGCCAGGCCCCAGUCGUUUCUACGCUUCCUCGAGACUGGCCGGCAUGAGCUCUUCACACGCGAGCCUUCUCUAUCAAGAUUACUAUGCCGCGCAGAGGCGAACCUUCUACCCCAAGUCUCGACUAGGGGGCGUUCGCACUAGUGCUCCGGAUCUGCGUUCCAUAGCCUCGACUUCGGGAACAACACCCAAAAGGUUGCAACAAGAUAGCAGAACUGUUGAAGCUACAGCCAGUUCGUCGAAUCUUCUGCUGUCGCCGAGUACCGCCAGCAAGUUUGCCUUUAAGCCCAGGAAGAACGAUAGCAAAACCAAUCUCUUCUCCUCAGACGAGAAUGAUGAGUUGCUGGAAGUUGAAGAGAAGAGGCAAGUGACGAGUACGUUUAACUCGCCAAGGAUUGAAAAAAGCCGACGUGGUAUCCUGGGUAGCGACGAAAUAAGACAGACAAAGCAGGAAGAAACUGAGGAGAAGAGGUCCGCUUCUGCUGCGGCUGGUUUGAACGAUUAUCUGAGGCAUAUGCGAAACUACAGUGACGAUGAAAAUAAUUCAAAUAUCGAGGUGGAGGUCAAGAUGCUCCCGCACAAGUCGAGGGAGACGACAUCGGAUGCGGGCUCCUCUUCACAGAGUGAAGCGCUUUGAACCAGCCAUCUUUUUUAAAAGACUGAUCCUCACUGAAUUUCAAACUAGUGCUUUCUUUUUAAUUUGUUGAUUUUUUUUAUUUUGUUUUUAUUUUUAUCUUUAAGAAUCCUAAUUACUCUGUCUUGGAUGGUAUUUGAAUGCUAAGUUGCAUUUUAUGGUGGAUACGCACAUGAUAAUACAAACGAGCUUUAAAUAA